ACGGCUGUGUGGGCACUCACCCUGACCCGGCCAUCACCAUUCACCACCAGUACCAUCGAUCUCCUCAACUUUGUCUUCUUCUUCUACUUCUCCCUAUAUAUAUAUAAACCCUAAAUGAAGCCAUCCAACAAAGUUGAUAGAGCCAAAAACAAAACAACACAAGACAAAGAUAUUCUUAACUAAUUAACAUGGAGAUAUUGUCGCAGUUGUGGUCUUUUUUGGGCCUUCUCACUGUCCUCCAAAACGUCUUGCCGUCUCAGCUCCUCUCCCUCCUCCACUCCUUUUACGAGUCCCUUCAGGACCUCCUCACCCCCUACUCCUACUUCGAGAUCCCGGAGUUCAACGGCUAUUGCGGCGUCGACGUCAACGACCUCUACCGCCACGUCAACCUCUACCUCAACUCCGUCAACCCCUCCGCCUCCACGUGUCGCCGCCUCACCCUCUCUCGCUCCAAGUCCUCCAACCGCAUUUCCUUCACCGUCGCGCCCAACCACACAGUCCACGACACCUUUUCAGGCCAUGCACUCUCCUGGACGCACCACGUCGAGACCGUCCAGGACUCUCUGGAAGAGAAGCGAAGCUUCACUCUCAAGCUCCCCAAGCGCCACCGCCAGGCACUGCUCUUGCCUUAUCUCGACCACGUGACAUCACGAGCCGAGGCGUUCGAACGGGUCUCCCGCGAGCGCAGGCUCUUCACCAACAAUGGCCACGGCUCCUUCGAGUCUGGCUGGGUCUCCGUCCCCUUCCGCCACCCUUCCACGUUCGAGACCCUGGCCCUGGAGCCUGAGCUAAAGAAGCAGAUCACCGAGGACCUGACCGCAUUCGCCAAUGGCAGAGAGUUCUAUCACAGAGUCGGACGCGCGUGGAAACGAGGAUACUUGCUGUACGGUCCACCUGGGUCUGGCAAAUCGAGCUUAAUCGCAGCCAUGGCUAACUAUCUCUGCUACGACGUGUACGACCUGGAGCUCACCAAGGUGUCCGAUAACUCGGAGCUGAGAGCGCUGCUUAUACAGACCACGAACCGGUCGAUCAUCGUCAUCGAGGACAUCGACUGCACGAUGGACCUGACCGCAGAUAGAACGCAAACGAAAACUGUGUCGUCGAAGAGGAGGGGAAGGAGAUCAGAGAUGGGAGCACGGGCAGAGGGAGAAGAGGGUGAGAAGGGGCGGGUGACGUUGUCGGGGCUCCUGAACUUCACGGACGGGCUGUGGUCGAGCUGUGGGGAGGAGAGGAUCAUAGUGUUCACGACCAACCACAGGGACAACGUGGACCCAGCGCUGGUCAGGUGUGGGAGGAUGGACGUCCACGUGUAUCUCGGAACGUGUGGCAUCCACGCCUUCAAGUCCCUUGUCAGCAACUACCUCAGCCUCCAAUCCCACCCCUUGUUCGACGCCGUCGAGAACUGCCUGGCCUCCGGUGGGGCCCUCACGCCAGCCCAGAUCGGUGAGAUCCUGCUCAGGAACAGGGCCAAUGCUGACGUGGCCUUGAGGGAGGUCGUGUCGGCCAUGCAGGCCAAGAUGAUACUUGGGGGUGGGGCCCAAGGGGAGUGUGAUGAUGUGGCAACAAGGUCACCGGAGAGCGUGUUGAUGGUGGGGUCGUCCUCGCCCGAGAACUGGGAGAAGAAGAGGAAAGAAGCGUGCACCAACUGGGGAGAGAAGAAGGUGAAGUUCUUGGUGAGACUUCGAUCUCUGACAAAGUCUGACUCCGGAAGGAGGGGUGUUUGAGUCAACUUCCGGUUGUUUAAACUUUAAUGUAAUUGUUGCAGCUAAUGACAAUUUUUUUUUUUUUUUUCCCAUUUGGGAUAUAUGGGAAUUUGUAAAUUAAUCGAUUAGAAGGUUAAUCAUUUGUAUGCUUAAUUAAUGGUGAAACAGCACUAGCUUUCGAUUAUGUUUUGUUUUUGGUUAUAUAUUAUUAAUUUGGUUUAAUUUC